GAUGGCACCAUCUCAAAGUUGUUAAACAAUUUGCAAUGCGGUGUUUUUAACUUAUUUCAAUACAAAUAGGAAUCAAUUGUUUUUAAAUUGGAACAACCAUAGCUGAGAACGGUAUGUUAUUUGGUCUGGACAAGCUGAGCACAACUCGUCGACUUUUGUUUAUUGCGGCUGUUCUGGGCAUUGUACUUUAUGCAAAAACCUAUAUACUGCCCGAACUGGAGUGGGAUUGGUCUGCAAGUGACUUAUAAAUGAUAUAGCAAUGACUGAAAGGCGUGUCUCAUAUUUCUACAAUGCCGAUGUGGGUAACUUCCACUACGGUGCUGGGCAUCCAAUGAAGCCACAGCGCUUAGCAGUUACCCACAGUCUAGUUAUGAACUACGGCUUGAACAAAAAGAUGAAAAUCUACAGACCGUACAAAGCGAGUGCACAGGACAUGCUGCGUUUUCAUAGUGAUGAAUACAUUGCCUACUUGCAACAGGUGACGCCACAGAAUAUACAGUGCAAUUCCGUGGCCUAUACAAAAUAUUUGGCACACUUUAGUGUUGGUGAGGACUGUCCUGUAUUCGAUGGGCUGUUUGACUUUUGCGCAAUGUAUACAGGAGCUUCGCUUGAAGGUGCACAGAAACUUAACCAUAAUCACAGCGACAUCUGCAUAAACUGGUCAGGAGGUCUGCAUCAUGCUAAGAAAUUUGAAGCCUCAGGUUUUUGUUAUGUGAAUGACAUUGUCAUUGGCAUACUGGAGCUCUUAAAGUAUAAUCCGCGAGUGUUGUAUAUAGACAUAGAUGUACAUCAUGGCGAUGGUGUGCAAGAGGCAUUCUAUUUAACAGAUCGUGUAAUGACAGCGUCAUUUCAUAAAUACGGCAAUUACUUCUUUCCUGGCACUGGAGAUAUGUAUGAGAUUGGUGCGGAGUCUGGUCGUUAUUAUAGUGUUAAUGUACCGCUUAAGGAGGGUAUUGAUGAUCAGAGUUACUUCCAAGUGUUUAAGCCGAUCAUUUCUGCCAUAAUGGACUUUUAUAGACCCACGGCAAUUGUAUUACAAUGUGGUGCUGACUCCUUAGCUGGAGAUCGUCUUGGUUGCUUUUCGCUUAGCACACGUGGACACGGAGAGUGUGUCAAGUUCGUGAAAGAAUUGAAUGUGCCCACGUUGGUGGUUGGUGGUGGCGGCUACACCUUGCGCAACGUGGCACGAUGCUGGACGCAUGAAACCUCACUGCUCUUGGAUCAAGAUAUAUCAAAUGACCUGCCCGAAACCGAAUAUUAUGAUUUUUUUGCGCCCGACUUUACGUUACAUCCAGAAAUCAACUCGCGUCAAGAUAAUGCCAACUCAAAACAAUAUUUGGAACUAAUUGUUAAGCAUGUUUAUGAGAAUCUCAAGAUGUGCCAACAUUCACCAAGCGUGCAAAUGAUACAAACACCACCAGACGUAGAUCUGGAGGAAUUGCGCUCAAGAGAAGAAUCUGAUCCGGAUAUACGCAUGUCACAGGCCGAGGAGGACAAACUAGUCGAUGCAAAAAAUGAGUUUUACGAUAACGAACAAGACCAGGACAAGCCAGAUUCAGUUGAAAGUUAA